AGCUCCAUCCUGCAGCUAGCUCUCAUAAGGGGUGGAAGCGUCCAGCUGCUCGGUCACAUCCACAUCAGCGAGGAGAACAAUGGGAGUCGACGUCGAGACACUGAGGCAUGGCGACGGGAGGACUUUCCCGCAGAGAGGACACCGGGUGGAAGUGCACUACGUCGGCACGCUGACCAACGGAAAGCAGUUUGACUCCUCCAGGGAUCGGGGAAAGCCCUUUGUUUUCAAGCUGGGAAUGGGAGAGGUCAUUCGUGCUUGGGAUGAAGGUGUAGCUAGGAUGAGUAUUGGUGAAAUGGCGAGGUUGACCUGCUCGCCGGACUACGCGUAUGGCAGCGGUGGAUACCCUCCCGUCAUCCCACCCAAUUCUCCUCUCAUCUUCGAAGUGGAGCUUCUGAGAUGUGGAUUUUAAAUGUUUAAGAUGGUGGUUUGUUCUCAGUUUGUUUUAUUGUUUUUUUUUUGCAUUCCACCCACAUCUCUGAGACAAAUAACUGCUUAAUUAAAGGUGCUGUGAGUUGCAUUCACAUUAAUGGAUAAAUCAUGUCUUAAGUAAUUUUCAUAUCAUCGAUAAUUGAGACAAUGUCUGGACAAAUGAUCGUGGUAAUGGUUGUUAAGAUUAAAGGAAUCAUCCAUUAUGGGAAACAUUCUUCUUUGCAUUUGUUCAGUGACUUAACGAGAGGUGGCGGUGGUUCACCUUGACAUUGGUUGCCAUUUGCCAAUAAACCAAAUGAAGUGAUGUGAACAGAUGAUCGUCUUCAAUAUCAUUUCUAAAGCUCAAUCAUGAACACGUAUCCUGCGUAAAGCAUCCGGAAACCAAAGUGGUGUUUUGUGACUCGUGCCUCCUUGAUUGCGUGCAGCUCAGCAAAUCUGCUCCUUUCUCUGUCGGGAAGAUGUCUCCCACAAUGUUGAAUUAUUCCUGUAAAUCGUCCAAUGUUUUUAAACCAGCGGGAUUUAUUUGGUGUUCAUUCUUGUAUUUCCUGUAGAAUCUUUCACUUAAUCCUUUAGGUGUCACAUAGCACAAAUGUACUUGAGAGCAAAAAAUUAGCUUCAGAAUCAGUGAUCCAGUGGCACUUAUCACAUGUUGGUAGAUUCCAGUCGUCUUAGCGAACAUCUUAUCUGUUCCUAAGUAUUUAUUACAAUGUCUUAAAAAUUGUAAUGAUUUGUAAUGUCAAAAUGCUAAUGUCACACCUUUUAAUAAAAAGCUUAUUUGUUUUUA